AUGGGUCAGCGCUGGACCGCAGAACGGUGGGUCGCUGUGACUCCCCAGCUCCGGAGUCAGCCUCCAAAUGGGUGCCUGGUCACCCUCGGGCUGCGGGCCUCUGCCCCACCGCUGCGCAGGCGGCCUGAGGCUGCUUGCGCUUCGCCAAGCGGGUCUGCACCCCUGUGCGCCCCUUGCUUCCGCACCGGUAAUCCAGCCCACAGUGAUCCCUACACCUCGUGGGUUCCAGGCCUCAUUUCCCAGCUCAAGGGCGGUCCCCGCUACAGGUGGACGCACCCGGCAGGCGCUGCUUUAACCCUAUGUACAUUCUUCCUCGGCUCUGCAUCUGGGAGGCAGCGUGUUGUACCUCGCUCUGCAGACGCCGCUGUCCCCUGUAGCCGCUCGCUGUCAGCCAUGGUCAAUCCUACCGUGUUCUUCGACAUCGCAGUUGAUGGCGAGCCUUUGGGUCGCGUCUCCUUCGAGCUGUUUGCAGACAAAGUUCCAAAGACAGCAGAAAACUUUCGUGCUCUGAGCACUGGAGAGAAAGGAUUUGGUUAUAAGGGUUCCUCCUUUCACAGAAUUAUUCCAGGAUUCAUGUGCCAGGGUGGUGACUUCACACGCCAUAAUGGCACUGGUGGCAAGUCGAUCUAUGGGGAGAAAUUCGAGGAUGAGAACUUCAUCCUGAAGCAUACAGGUCCUGGUAUCUUGUCCAUGGCAAAUGCUGGACCAAACACAAACGGUUCCCAGUUUUUCAUCUGCACUGCCAAGACUGAGUGGUUGGAUGGCAAACACGUGGUCUUCGGGAGGGUGAAAGAAGGCAUGAAUAUUGUGGAAGCCAUGGAGCGCUUUGGGUCACGGAAUGGCAAGACCAGCAAGAAGAUCACCAUCUCUGACUGUGGACAGCUCUAAUACUUUUCACUUGUGUGCAUCUUAACCACCAGACCAUUCCUUCUGUAGCUCAGGAGAGCACCCUCCGCCCCAUCUGCUCGCAGUAUCCCAUAACCUUUGUGCUCUCGAUGUCUCAAUGCAGUUCUUUGGGUUCCAUAUUCUCCUUACUCCCCUCCAAGUCUAGCUGGAUUGCAGAGUUAAGUUUAUGAUUAUGAAUAAAACUAAAUAGGAAAAAAAAAAAAA